AUGGCCAAAUGCAUCUCCAAUUUAACGAAAGGCUUUGAACAGAACACUCAUGCACGUCGUUGCUUCCGAUUGUGCUCCUUCUUGGUAGUUCUGCUGCUUUUCUAUCUCUUUCUGGUGGCUUUCAACUUCCACUUCGUCCGCCGCGUCCCAGUGGAGUACAUCUUUGGCGACAGGUUGGAGAUCACCGUUGCUUCUUGCGAUGUGGUCUUGCAGCCGGGCACCACUCGCUCCGUGAAGGUCGAGGGCCUCUUGAUGGAUCUCAAGAUUGAACGGACAAUGGAAUCGCUGGAUGUGAUGCGGAUCAUCAAUGCACAGAACUACCGUGGGUGUGAUGAUCAGCCGCACAAGGACUGCUAUCGACUUUGUCGAGUUGUUGCCAGCAUCCCUGAAGAUUUGCCGCCCAGCGUGGUUUGGAUUCAGCAGGUCAACAAUGACAAGGCUGACCAUGUGGUUGUGGAGAUCGAUUCAGUGAAAUUGAACAAUCUCAUGAUCAGAGGUGGCGGUGGCAACUGGUGGGAUAAGGCAGGACCGAGUAUUGAGGUCUUCAUGCGCAACAGCACUACAAUGGGUUGGAUGUACAUUACUUUGGCCAAAGGUCAGGCAAUGCUGCAGGAUACCCAACACGCUUCCACUGCAGACGUGAGGUCCGAUGGAAGUGUGACAAUGCGGGAAGUACGUCACACCGGACCAAUCCUGCUGAACUGGCGACAGCCAAACAACCAGGCUUGCAUGGUGGCAGAUUCAAACGAGUUGGUUCUUCCAGAUGAGAAUGGCGAGUUCAACUUGUGCGAUUCACUGUAUCACAAGAGCAAUUUUCAGACCUUCUACGAUACCAGCAAAGACUUCUUUUUGGACCGGGCAGAGUUUGGUGCUGCACUUGUGGGGAUGCCGUACUGCUGCGGAGGCUCUUGUCCACACUCCUCUUGGUGUGAUGGCACGCUCUACAAAGUCUUUGAUUUCGGCAGCUCGACGGGCGCUUCUUUUGCCAACAGGGCAGAGGUACUCAGCGCCAACACGGUGUUUGACAAGCUCAAGUCCCUAGGGUGGGCUGGGAUGAUACCCUACUGCUUCCGCGAAGCGAAGCUCAUGCAACCUACAAAUCGUGUGCGAUUGGUCGAGGGCUGGCCAUCCUUCGUCCCCUGGGCGGGCGACGCCACAGCACCAAGUCCCUCUCCUUUUGCAGCUUGCAUUCGACACGCUCAGUGCACGACUGGCUAUUGCGACAAUGAGACGUCACAAUGUGCGCCACAUCCCGAUGUGACCUUUCAGGUUGUGUCAGGUAAUUGGACAAGUUGUGACAAGCCAUGUGGCGGAGGACAACAAACUCGAGAGAUGGUAUGCUUGGGCUCUGAUGGUCUGAAGUACCCUUCGUAUUUGUGCCCAGGCUGGCUCUCCAGCGUAGAGGUGCAAAGCUGCAACACAAUGGCCUGCAAUUUGCCAGAUGCAGUAACCAACUACAGCUUUGGUUUGGACAUGGACUUACGGCCUGAUUGGAUAGAUAUCACUGCAACUGGGACGCUUCCCAGCGGUGCCACUGCCUUGCAGAUUCGUCUUGGAAGUUCCACAGGCGCCAUGCUGGAGAGCAUAAUCGACGACGUUCUCGAGAACGAGUGUGUUCUCACUAUUUGCACGCUGAGGGCGCAAGCACAGGUCCCCGCUUAUGUGGAUCGCUUGAUGUUGGUGGCUAAAAACUCAGAUGGCCUUAGCCAGCCGGUGGAGAAGCUUUUCAUCGACCGCGUGGGUCAAACGGGCAGCUUCCAAAAGUUCACCGUGCAAAGCGAAGCGGGGAUGGUGCAUUUCAGCGUUGCUGGUGCUUCGUCAUCCAGCGGCACUUGGGCGCCAGCUGAUCGACUGCCGGGCAUUCGCAUGCAUUUGCCAGAUGCCAGGCGGAUGAUGCGAACUGUUGGUCCACGCUUCGGUGAUCCAGAGUCGACCGAUCAUGGCGUGGUGGUCAUCGAUACUGUUGCUGUCCCGGGUAUCCCAGCCACGCGCUGGGUAUAUGCAACUCGACCUGUUUUUCUCUCCAUGGACCCAGCGAUCCUUACAUUCCUCUCUGCAGGGAUUUUGAAGCCUGAGAUUUUGACCUUUCGAGUUUCUUAUCUUGAUAUGUCAUGCUCGGCCAGCAUUGUCAAUUCAAUUGCAGAGCAUCCUUCAUCAGAGGAUUAUUUGAAACCGGCUCUGCAAGUGCGUUUUGCUUCGAUGUAUGACCAGAUGCAACGUUCCUUGCGAUCGGACGGAUUGGCCAGCAGGCAAAAGCUCCGAGGUGAACUCGUCCUAUUGGAUCCAGACCACAGGGUCAAGCCAGAUGCGUCGAAGUACUGGGAGUUUUACGAAGGAGCGAAUGGUGAUACAUUGAUGAGACCACGUGAAGUUCACGCAUUGGAUCAGCUGCAGGAUGCCGCGACGGGCUUGAGCUUGGCAUGCGGUGGGCUUGCCAGCUGUUUGUUCACCUUUGUUUUCUUCAAGCUGGCACGCAAGGGCAUUCGAGCCCGGAACAUGGAGAAAAGAGCUCAGCAGACCCUCCUGAAGCAGAAACUUGGGGAGAUCAAGGACAAAGAAGAGAACAAGCUGGAUGAGCAAAUCCAUGCCGCAGAAGGCAACCCAUUUCUCCAACCAUUGCUAUUGAUUGACUUGCUGGUGUUGGAGCCGAUCUUGAGCAAGAUUCUGAACAGCCUGGCACGCUUUGGCCAUGAAUAUCUCGUCGUGUCACAUCCACAUUAUCAAAAAAGUGCAAAGUCGCAAGUGGUGCCUGUGGAGCCGGUCAAGGAUAUGCCAGUGGAGAAGUCUCCGAAAUCAGACACAAGGAUCGUGGUCACUCCAAGCCAAGAGGAACGCCGACCUUUUGUCUACAUGCGCCACUUUCGUGCCACCUACACCCAAUACUGCAUCAAGCAUGGCCUGGAACCGAUCCAGUCCCGCGAUGAGAUCAUUAGGUUCUUGAUCGACAAGUACAACGUGCGAUCCACCCGAGAGACCGUUUGGCGGAUUAGAGGUGUGCGUUGGCGAAUGAAGGAUGAGCCUGUCCCUGUCGCUCCAGCAUCCACAGAAGCGGAAGAAAGCUCGUUGUGGAGAUUCAUGAAUGCAAAAGUGGUGGUCACCAAAGACAGAAGAAAUCACUGGCUCGACAUGAAGAACAACAGGCUUCCGAAUGGAGACUUGCAAGUCGGUAUACGGCAAAGGUACUUUCAAUGGUGUGAGGAGAAGGGCGAAGCACCUGUGGAUACAUUGGAGAUGGACCCUUUAAGCACCGAGAGCGAGCUGCAAGGAUUAUCAGCCUGGGCAUUGUUCAAUGACUGUAACUACCAGGAAGUGGAAGUACAAAAAAUCCUCCAUUGCAGUCUUUCCACAGAACCAAAUCUGGUCCUGGAUUGCAGACAGCUAAUUGCUGAUUUCCUUGAGGUGUUGGUGGAUAUUGUCGUGCUCAUCCUGCCGGCCUUGCUGCUUUGCCUAAAUGCCCUUGGAGCCCAGCAAGUCUAUGCACAAACCACAGUAACUUCAACUCCUGUGCAGAUGAUGGAUGUUCUUGGAACAGCGCUGCCUUAUAUCGGCUUUGACUCUGGUGGACGUCAGGUCCUGUUCUUGACGUCAUUUAUUCUUGGGACGCAGUUCGUAUACAUAGUCCUGGCAACGAUCCGUGUUUUGCUGCACUAUGUUUGCCCGGAGAGAAUGAUCAAGAGGUGGUUUGAUUGGCUAUUUGCCUGCAUUUUGUUCCUCGAGGUUAUCGGAGUUGCGACCUGGAUUGGAGUCACGGCGUCCUGGUGCAUCCUUGCCACCAUUUUGUCACCGGUCAAGUAUUUGCCAUACGGCACUGCAGUGAUAAUUUUUGGUGUUGUGGUGGUGACUCUUUGGAAGGAGAUGAAUGACGCUGCUUUCGCCAUGAGGAAAAAGGCCUUCGCCAUGAUUGAUGGCAAGUUGCAGCAAUGCUUGAGGACUGUGGAACAAGAAAUUCAACUGCAACGAAACCACAAUGCUUUGGCAGCUGGUUUGCGCAAGCUUGAAGCCAAGAGAGCUCACGCGAAGAAAAAGGUGGAUGAGUCGCAGGCAGGCUUUGAUGAAUUUCACCAGGAGCGAGUGAGACGCAAGGUGACCCCCGGCGACGUGUUCAGUACGUUGGAUGCAGAUCAAUCUGGCACUAUCACAAUUGAGGAGUUCAAGAAGCUGUUUGUCGCAAUGAAUUCUUCUCUGGACCCGAACAUGAUUGAGAAGAUGUUUGCCUAUGCUGAUUCUGAUGGUUCAGGCCUGAUCACUCAGGACGAAUUUGAGGAAGCUUGGGAUUUCUUGACUGAGCAUUUGGUCAACAAGGUCUUACAUGAGCUUGGAUUCGGCCCUACUGACAUCUUGAUGGCCAUUAUCAUGGCAGCAAUGCAAGGUUGGUACAAUGAUACAUCAUUCCAAUCUUGCGUGCAGUCCGCAUUAGUUGCUGGCAGUGGCAAGGUGGCCACGCUGGUGAAAAAACGUGUGCCAGAUGAGAAGGAUGCCAAAGUUGGUGCAAUCAUGGGUUCGAUGGAAGGAGGCGAUGAAGGAGACGGAGACGGAGAUGGUGGAGAUGGCGAAGGCGGUGGCGAAGGAGAAGGGGGCGGUGAGGGAGAAGGAGGAGGUGAAGGUGGCGGAUGA